CGCGGCCAUGGCGAACCACCUGCGCUUCGUGGGCCGCACGGUGAUGGUGCAGAACGGAAACGUGGAGGCGGCGUACGGUGUCCUGAACAGCUCCACGUCCCGCCGCCCCCUCGCAUGCGGGUGUAAGUAGCGUGAAAUACAGGAAUAGCUCAGCGCAGACCCAGGCGAGGGCAGCGGAGGAAGAGACGGUGCCACCGCUGAGCUGUGUGCGAUCGCUGGUCCCACCUGAAAUGAAACUCGGGGACGAUUCCUUCCCCUCCUCACGGAGGGACGGCGAGAAGAAGGAGCUGAGGGUCCCCGUGGGGACCGAGCUGUGCCCGGGCUUUGCAGCGUGGGGUGCUCGUUCCUCCCCUCCUCGCACAUCCCAGAACUGUUCCUGCCGCCGUCACCGCUCUCUCCCCUCCCGCAGGAUCCUGGCUCAGGACGGCGUGGCCGAUGCCGUGCGGCGCUCCCGGUACUACGAGAAGCCGAGCCGGGCGCGGCGGCGGCGGGCGUUCGAGGCGUGCCGGCGGGUGUACUGCGCCGAGAUGGCGCGCAGGAUCGCCUUCCUGGCGCGGAGCAGCCGGCAGGACCCGUGGCUGGGCUGCUAAGGGGGGGCCAGCCCCAAUAAAAUCCUUUCGCUCUAC